ACGACUAUACGCAGCCAAACGAUCGGUUCGGUUUUUCCGCCGCCCGGACCGGACCUCUUUUUCCACAAACCUUGGUAUCUUGCGUGGAGCGAUCGUGCACGAUCUGGAGUGCAGUAGAGUGAUCUAGACACUGGGCAGGCGUGUUUUCCGGCUGCCGUCCAUUUACUUCACAUCGUGCUAGUCUUCCCCUGUAACAGCACACCAGUGUACGAUAGACAGGCAGCGGCGUUCUCAGUGUGGUCACAGAGACGUGAUAUGGUGUUGUCAUCCGCCCCCCUCCCACCCCAGCACAUGAUGAUGGCAGAACCAUCAGAAUCGAAGGUUAUGGCAGACCCCCAGCCUCAGGCACCACAGGUACCGGUUGGGCCAGCACAGAGUCUGUUUGGACAGAACCAACAGGAACCAAGGCUGGGGGGUGUCCAGAACACGGUCAGGAGAGCUCGUCAACAAGGCAUGCAGUUCAGAUUCCCAGAGGCAGGGGGUGUGCAGGGUAGUGUGCAAUACAGACCUCAGUAUCAUCAACGAUCUUCUUGCCAACCUGGCAGUUGGAAUACAGUGACAACAUCUGAUCCUCAAGAACCUUUGAUGAGAAUACCUGGAGACCAGAACUUACAUGGGAACAGUUCUCCAUGGCAGGCCAGCUGGAAUCCACCACAGUCUAGAAUUCCUCCCAGUGGGAAAAGUGUCUGGAGUGUCCCUACUAGAAGUCAGGAGAGUAGACGAUCGCCCCACACUGCGGUGUUGAGGGCAGCCACAACUCGAGGUGGAGAGUACUCAGGAACAUUUGGAACACUUCCUGCACAUCAGCACAGACAGUACUGGGGUCCUACUGCUGACAGGAGAGUUCCUAGUGCUGGAAGUGGGGCGUCCUCCCGACACAGGAGGAGGAAGAGACCAAGUUCGGAGGAUGAGGGACCCUCCUCUAAGAUGUUCCUGAGUGAGGAGAAGAUGGCGGCUCAUCUCAACAAGCUGUCCAUCAGUAAUGACCACAACUACGUCGGCAUGACAACCAGACUGCCAGGCUCCUCCCGCCUGUCUCCAGCCCAGGAUAAGAACAGGGUGAUUAUCGAGGAUCUGAGUGACGACAGCAGCGAUGAGUGGACCAGCUCCUCAGAUAGUGAGGUCGGCUCCACCAUUCAGAUCAGCCCGGAACUGCAGGAGGGGAUGAAGCAGGUUGCAGGAGAGAGGCUGCUGCCAGAAGGCCUGUUUGAACGGCUAAACCGACCAUGCAUGGAUGUUGUGCUCUGGAAGCCACCGGGGGAUUUUGUACAAAGUGUCAUCAACAGUUCCACUGCACCAAAGGAACAGAUCACCCCAACAGUCAUCCAAUCAGAACCCCUGUUACUUACUCAGGACAACUCUUCUGUCAUCUGUAACCAUGGUGACAGAGAGAUGAUUGACACAGAAGUCAUGGAUCAUGUGACCCAGCCUGCUGUCAUGUUUGAUUCUGUAGAUGAUGAUAUGGAGCUGUAGUACUUUAAUGAAGACAUAUAUGUAUAUUGAGGAAAGGUGUCAUCAUAGAAGUCCAUCCAUGUCGCUAGGUUAUAAAUAUGGAAUACGGUGUGUUCCGUAUCGCCCAAGGUAUCGGCCCGACUCGCGGGAGGGCUGGGACCGAGGGUGAUGUGGAAUACACCGUGUUGUAUUUUAUUUAUGUCAUACC